AUGGACCCUCUUCCGGUCUGUAUGCAGGAUGCGGAGCCUCUUCCGGUCUGUGUGCAGGAUGCGGUGCCUCUUCCGGUCUGUAUGCAGGAUGCGGUGCCUCUUCCGGUUUGUAUGCAGGAUGCGGUGCCUCUUCCGGUUUGUAUGCAGGAUGCGGUGCCUCUUUUGGUCUGUAUGCAGGAUGCGGAGCCUCUUCCGGUCUGUGUGCAGGAUGCGGUGCCUCUUCCGGUCUGUAUGCAGGAUGCGGUGCCUCUUCCGGUUUGUAUGCAGGAUGCGGUGCCUCUUCCGGUUUGUAUGCAGGAUGCGGUGCCUCUUUUGGUCUGUAUGCAGGAUGCGGUGCCUCUUUUGGUCUGUAUGCAGGAUGCGGUGCCUCUUCCGGUCUGUGUGCAGGAUGCGGUGCCUCUUUUGGUCUGUAUGCAGGAUGCGGAGCCUCUUCCGGUCUGUAUGCAGGAUGCGGUGCCUCUUCCGGUCUGUAUGCAGGAUGCGGUGCCUCUUCCGGUCUGUAUGCAGGAUGCGGAGCCUCUUCCGGUCUGUAUGCAGGAUGCGGUGCCUCUUCCGGUCUGUAUGCAGGAUGCGGUGCCUCUUCCGGUCUGUAUGCAGGAUGCGGUGCCUCUUCCGGUCUGUAUGCAGGAUGCGGUGCCUCUUCCGGUCUGUAUGCAGGAUGCGGUGCCUCUUCCGGUCUGUAUGCAGGAUGCGGUGCCUCUUCCGGUCUGUAUGCAGGAUGCGGAGCCUCUUCCGGUCUGGAUGCAGGAUGCGGAGCCUCUUCCGGUCUGGAUGCAGGAUGCGGUGCCUCUUCCGGUCUGUAUGCAGGAUGCGGAGCCUCUUCCGGUCUGGAUGCAGGAUGCGGUGCCUCUUCCGGUCUGUAUGCAGGAUGCGGAGCCUCUUCCGGUCUGUAUGCCGGAUGCGGUGCCUCUUCUGGUCUGUAUGCAGGAUGCGGUGCCUCUUCCGGUCUGUAUGCAGGAUGCGGUGCCUCUUCCGGUCUGUAUGCAGGAUGCGGUGCCUCUUCCGGUCUGUAUGCAGGAUGCGGUGCCUCUUCCGGUCUGUAUGCAGGAUGCGGAGCCUCUUCCGGUCUGGAUGCAGGAUGCGGUGCCUCUUCCGGUCUGUAUGCAGGAUGCGGUGCCUCUUCCGGUCUGUAUGCAGGAUGCGGAGCCUCUUCCGGUCUGGAUGCAGGAUGCGGUGCCUCUUCCGGUCUGUAUGCAGGAUGCGGAGCCUCUUCUGGUCUGUAUGCAGGAUGCGGUGCCUCUUCCGGUCUGUGUGCAGGAUGCGGUGCCUCUUCCGGUCUGUAUGCAGGAUGCGGUGCCUCUUCCGGUCUGUAUGCAGGAUGCGGAGCCUCUUCCGGUCUGGAUGCAGGAUGCGGUGCCUCUUCCGGUCUGUAUGCAGGAUGCGGUGCCUCUUCCGGUCUGUAUGCAGGAUGCGGUGCCUCUUCCGGUCUGUGUGCAGGAUGCGGAGCCUCUUCCGGUCUGGAUGCAGGAUGCGGUGCCCGGCUCAGGUGGCCCGAUGACAUCAUUGCGCUGCCUGCUCCGGCCUCUGAUAGGCUUCAGGCCUAGCGUGUCUAGCCUAUCGGCGGGGCAGAGAGACAUGGCUCCUUUGUCCAGCUGA